UGGUUGGCAACACAGUAGCCAUAUGUCAACGCAUCUGUCAAAAUCAUAAAAAAAUAACCAUCCGCUAUAUUUUACUCGGCUGCUCUAGUAUAUUUUCAUAAUCUUAGGAAUAUGAUUCGUGCACCGCUUGUAAAGGCCCUGGGCACACUGGGCUCGCCCACACAUCAAAUUGCCAGCAAAGCGGUGCGUACCAGUGCCGCCCUUGCCCAGACACCAGCCAAAGCACCCGAAAAGAUUGAAGUCUUUGUUGAUGACAUUCCCGUUAAAGUGGCACCUGGAACCACUGUAUUGCAGGCUGCUGCCAUGAUUGGUGUUGAAAUUCCCCGUUUCUGCUACCAUGAACGUUUGGCUGUUGCCGGCAAUUGCCGUAUGUGCUUGGUCGAAGUUGAAAAGUCUCCAAAGCCUGUGGCUGCUUGUGCCAUGCCUGUCAUGAAAGGAUGGCGCAUCAAGACCAACUCCGAUAUGACCCGCAAAGCUCGUGAAGGUGUUAUGGAAUUUUUACUAAUGAACCAUCCCUUGGAUUGUCCCAUUUGUGAUCAAGGUGGUGAAUGUGAUUUGCAGGAUCAAGCUAUGGCCUUCGGUUCAGAUCGUUCCCGUUUCACCGAUAUCAAUCAUAGUGGAAAGCGUGCUGUUGAGGAUAAGGACAUUGGACCAUUGGUUAAAACCAUUAUGACCCGUUGCAUUCAUUGCACCCGCUGCGUACGUUUCGCUUCGGAAAUUGCCGGUGUUGAUGAUUUGGGUACAACUGGUCGUGGCAAUGACAUGCAAAUUGGUACCUAUGUUGAGAAAUUGUUCCUCAGUGAAUUGUCCGGCAAUGUCAUUGAUUUGUGUCCCGUUGGUGCCUUGACCAACAAACCCUACAGUUUUGUUGCCCGUCCUUGGGAAAUUCGUAAGAUCAGCAGUAUCGAUGUCUUGGAUGCUGUCGGCAGUAACAUUGUUGUUAGCACCCGUACCAAUGAAGUUUUGCGUAUUUUGCCACGUGAAAACGAAGAGGUCAACGAAGAAUGGUUGGCUGAUAAGUCACGUUUCGCCUGUGACGGUUUGAAACGCCAACGUUUGGUUGCACCCAUGGUACGCAUGCCAAAUGGUGAAUUGCAAGCUGUUGAAUGGGAAGGUGCUUUGAUUGCUGUCGCCAAGGCAUUGAAGAAUGCCAAGGGCGCUGUAGCCGGUGUUGUUGGCCAAUUGGCUGAUGUUGAAUCGAUGGUGGCCCUUAAGGAUUUGUUGAAUCGUAAUGGUGCCGAAACAUUGUGCACAGAACAAGGUUUUGCUACCAAGGGUGCUGGCAUUGAUUUGCGUUCCAACUAUGUGUGCAACAGUUCCAUUGCUGCUUUGGAAGAAGCCGACGCUGUUUUGUUGAUUGGUACCAAUCCCCGUUAUGAGGCUCCUUUGGUUAAUACCCGUUUGCGCAAGGCCUAUGUCCACAAUGAAUUGGAAAUUGCCUCGAUUGGUCCCAAAGUUGAUCUCUCAUACAAACAUGAAAAUUUGGGCGAUGAUGCUGGUUUGGUUACCCGUGUUUGCCAAGGUUCUCAUGCCUUCUCCAAGGUUUUGGAAGGUGCCAAGAAGCCCGCCAUCAUUAUUGGUGCCGAUGUUUUGGAACGUGCUGAUGGUUCCGGCAUUUUGGCCACAGUCAGUGCCUACUGCAAGAAAUUGAACAAGCCUAACUGGAAUGCUUUGAACGUUUUGCAAACAAAUGCCGCCCAAACUGGCGCCUAUGAUGUUGGCUACCAACCCGGUUACCAAAAUGCCAUCAAAGCCCAACCUAAAGUUUUGUUCUUGUUGGGUGCCGAUGCUGGUAAAGUUUCCCGCGAUCAAUUGCCCAAGGACUGUUUCGUUGUCUAUAUUGGCCAUCAUGGUGACAAUGGUGCAUCCAUUGCUGAUGCUGUGUUGCCCGGUGCCGCUUAUACUGAAAAACAAGCCACAUAUGUCAACACUGAAGGUCGUGCCCAACAAACUUUGUCAGCUGUUUCUCCACCAGGCAUGGCUCGCGAAGACUGGAAGAUUUUGCGUGCACUUUCUGAAGUUGCUGGAACUCCUCUACCCUACGAUACCCUCGAUGAAUUGCGCAACCGCCUUGAAGACAUUGCACCUCAUUUGACCCGUUGGGGCAAAUUGGAACCUGCUGAAACAUACAACGGUGUUGCUGAUCAAGUAGCUGAGACCAAAAAUGUCGAUAACACUAAGAUUGAUAUUAAACUUAAGGAACUGCGUGACUACUACAUGACCGAUGCUGUAUCCAGAGCCUCCCCCACAAUGGCCAAAUGUAUAUCAGCCGUUAACAAACAAAAUAGCCAACAGAAGCAACGUGCUGUGUGUUAAAUCAAGUGUAUAG